UGCUGUCACCAGAACGGGGCUUCUCGGGGCGUCCGCUCAAGCCGACAGCAAUGGCGGCAUUGGUGGAAGAGUUUGUGUCCCGACAAAUGGAGUUGCUAAAGGAGGAAAGAGAGGCCGAAAUUUCGGAAGCAAGAGCAUGGCAAGAAGGAAUCUCCCUGAAAGAGUUGCAGCGUAGAGGAGUUUGCUUACUGAAACUCGAACUGCAUUGUCAAAAAACUGGGCUAUAUGGCCAUCUGCUUGUAACUUUACAGCCACAAAAACGUGGCUUAGACACAGAGUUACCUUCCAAUAGUUUUGGACCUGGUGACAUAGUGGGACUUUAUGAAGCAGCUGGACAAAAUAAUCAGAUCUGCACAGGAAUUGUAACCCGAAUAGCCUCCAAUUCAAUAACUAUUGCAGUUGAUGAGCCUCAAAGUAACCUUGUGAGUUUAGAUCAGGAGAAUUUAUACCGUCUGUUGAAACUUGCCAAUGAUGUUACAUACAACAGACUCAAAAGGGCUUUAAAUACACUUAAUCACUAUGGGUCUGGUCCAGCAUCUGAUCUUAUUGAUGUGCUGUUGUGUUCUUCUGAACCUAGUGAUGCCAGUGAUACAAAGCUUUUGAAGUUCUACAAUGAAUCCCUGGAUGCCUCUCAGAAGGAGGCUGUUUGCUUUUCACUGGCACAGAAGGAACUUGCUAUCAUCCAUGGACCACCUGGAACUGGCAAGACGACAACUGUGGUGGAGAUAAUACUCCAAGCUGUGGAGCAAGGCUUGAAAGUUCUCUGUUGCGCUCCCUCUAACAUUGCAGUCGAUAACUUGGUGGAAAGGCUCUCUGAUCAUAAGGUGCGGAUCCUGCGUCUGGGUCGCCCAGCUCGUCUCCUGGAGUCUGUACAGCACCAUUCACUGGAUGCUGUCCUGUCGCGUGGAGAUAAUGCCCAGAUUGUAGCCGAUAUCAGGAAGGAUAUUGAUCAAGCAUUUAUGAAAACAAGGAAGACCCAAGACAAAGGAGAGAGAAAACAUUUUUUUAAUGAAAUUAAGAUACUGAGAAAGGAACUGAAGGAACGAGAAGAAAUGGCUAUGUCUGAAACUUUGCAAAAAGCUCACGUUAUUCUUGCUACAAACACAGGUGCUUCUUCUGAUGGUCCGUUGAAGCUUCUUCCUGAGAACCACUUUGAUCUUGUGGUGAUUGAUGAAUGUGCUCAAGCUCUUGAAGCAAGCUGUUGGAUUCCACUGCUGAAGGUUAGGAAGUGUAUCCUGGCUGGUGAUCACAAACAGCUGCCUCCCACAAUCAUCUCUCACAAGGCUGCCGCACAAGGUCUUUCUCUUAGCUUAAUGGAACGGCUGAUUCAGAAAUGUGGGGACCGUGUUGUGAAGAUGCUCACUGUGCAGUACCGAAUGCACCAAGCCAUAAUGCAAUGGGCUUCCACUGAGAUGUAUGACGGUCGUCUCUCAGCUCACUGUUCUGUCGCACAACAUUUACUGAAAGACUUGCCAGGAGUGGCCCCCACAGAAGAGACCAGUAUCCCAUUGCUGCUUAUAGAUACAGAUGGUUGUGACUUAUUUGAACUUGAAGUGGAAGAAGAACAAUCUAGAGGAAACCCAGGUGAGGUGCAGCUUACUGGUUUGCAUAUAGAUGCUUUGAUAGAAGCUGGUGUGAAAGCCAAAGAUGUAGCUGUCAUUGCUCCUUACAAUCUUCAGGUGGACAUGCUAAGAAAACAUCUGUAUCAGAAGUAUCCAGAUCUGGAGAUUAAAUCAGUGGAUGGCUUCCAAGGAAGAGAAAAGGAGGCAGUUGUUCUUUCUUUUGUAAGAUCCAAUAGAAAAGGUGAAGUGGGAUUCCUCGCCGAAGACAGGAGAAUAAAUGUUGCAAUUACACGGGCCCGACGUCAUGUGGCUGUAAUCUGUGACUCUCGCACCGUUAGCAACCAUAAUUUUCUUAAACGGCUGGUGGAGUAUAUGAGCACCCACGGAGAAGUGCGCACAGCCUUUGAAUACCUGGAUGAUAUUGUACCCGGAAAUUACACUCCCAAGAGUUCUUUGAGUCCCCGUGACCAGGAAAAGAGACUUAAAUGCAGCAUUGAUCCACUCCCAAAGACUCUUGGAGAGAAACGAAAAGGAAGACCUACCCAAAAGCCUAGAGAGGGGCUAACAGAAUGUUCUCUGGAAAGCAGGGGCAAAGUCACAACAUCAGAAACCAAAGAGAAUGAAAACUCACUUAAACAUAAAGCAAGAAUAUUGGAGUUUCUGGAUAGUGGUGAGGUCCAACUGGAUUUCCCUUCCUCUUUAAAUGCUCACGAUAGAAUGCUUAUCCAUCAGUUGGCUGAAGAAUACGGGCUGCAGCAUGUGAGCACAGGAGAAGGCAGCGCACGACACAUAAGUAUUUGUAGGAGAGAUUCUCCUGCAGAAUUAUCUUUGGGAGAUACUGUGGUUUGUCAACCUGAAUUAAUUCAGGCCUGUCCAAAAGAAGUAGAUGCAGGCGGUGAAGAGAGGGAGAGGGGUGCUGGCCCGGGGGCCACAGAUCUAAAAACGUUGCACAUGCAACGGAUGGAAAGAGAGAGAGAGAAGAAAGAAGAGAGAGUGAAACAAAGCCAAGAAGCCAAUGUAAAUCUUCAGGAAAUAAUUGGGAAGAAAGAAAAAAAUGUUGGAGGAAAGGCAUCCAGUAAAUCCAAAAAGGAAAUUGCAGCUGAGGAAGAUUUUGAUGCUAUGAUCUCUGCGGCAAUUAAAGCAGACAACACAUGUGGUUUCUCCAAAUGCAAAGCCAGCGUAACAACCCUGGGACAGCUCUGCCAGCAUUGCAACAGACGCUACUGUCUCAGCCACCAUAUCCCAGAGGUUCACGGAUGCGGGGAGAAAGCCAAAGCAAAUGCCCGGCAGAGAAUCAGCAAGGAAGGGAUUCUCUAUCCUGGGAGUGGGAUGAAGGACAAGUCCUUGGAUCCUACCAAGAGAGCUCACCUCCAGAGACGCUUGGACCAGAAACUCAGCGAACUGUCCAAGCAGCGAAAGAGCAAAAGGAAAGAUAGAGAGAAAUAAGAGGAUGUGUGGCUUUGGGAAGGAAUUAAAGCCAACAAGCUGCCCUUUAAAGCUUGUUCAACUUUGCAGGAAAAAAAAAAACCAAAUAAAAAAUUUGAGCACUUGGGCUCCUUUUUUUCUGUAUAACCAGAACGUGCUUUUGAAUGUCACAGUUCUCAGAGGACCCAGCACUGCUUAAAGCUGCAUACUGAAAACCUUACCUGCAGAUUUUGAAAAAUGUUCUGGGUGUACCUUAUGCUGUAAAAUGUGUUUCUAUCUCUCACAUCAAGGUUAUUAAACCUUGUUGAUUUGGGGAGAAAAGCAGGAUGCUUUGGCUUUCAAUAAUUACUUUUGCUGGCAGUGUAAUCAAAUAUACAGUGAAUAGUUAAAUAGGAAGCUACACGAUAAAGAGGGAUGUUUCGUUAAGAGCAUGAAUCAGUGAAUGAAAGAAACCUGGGGAUGCAAUGUAUUUGUGAAAGUGAUAGGAAGGCAAAGGAUGUUGUAGAUCUGGAUGAAAGUGAACUGAUAUUGUGGAGUAGAGCUCAUUAAUUACAAAAAAGCUAUGUUGGUAUGAUCUACAACACAGGUGUCACACUGAAGGCCCAUGGGCCGGAUUACCGGUCUGCAGGGUGUUUAGAUCUGGCCCACGGGCCACCCUGGAAACAAUGAAGGGCCAGCCCAUGGUGCCUCUGCCAGCCCGCCUGGGCUCCAUUUUCACUGGCAGAGGCUGCAGGAUGUGAAGCUGGCCAUGAACACCCUGCCCACACACAUACCUCAGCCACACCCACUCAGCCCCCAAGGUCAAACAUAAUCUUGAUGUGGUCCUCAAUGAAAUUGAAUUUGACACCCCUGAUCUAGAAUAUUGGUGCAUAUGCAAGAAGAAAUUAAUAGUUUGAUCAUAAUUUCAUGAUACUCUCCAUCAAUGCUUAUAUUGGAAGAGCCAAGGUUGAGCCUGGGGGAAAAUGUGUGACCUAAAUCAAUCUGAGAAAAAAUUAGCCUGAUAGGAAUGGAUGGGUAAGAAAAAGAUGAAAGAGUGCAAUAAAAGUUAAAUAGGCUACUUGGGGACCCAAAAAUGAGUGGGAGCCGUUUACUUAGAGGAACUUGCGCUUUAAAUGGUAUGUGUUUUAAUAUGUAUUUUUCUGUAGACAUUGAAAAGCAAUUAAUCCUUUUGGAUGGUGAUUUUGAUUCUGAUAAAAGAUUGAGAGGUUUUGUGAAGUAUACAAAGAUAAUAGAAGCUUCUGACUGCAAGACAGACUAUAAUAAUGUCACGAGUGGAUCUUGGAGAGUACGAGAAAAUGCAAAUAGGAAAAAAAGGAAAAUAAAUGAGCGGAAGUAGAAUGAGUAAGAGAAAAGUAGAAAUCUUGAAUGAAUUAUUUGUACAUUAAUUACUAUCUCAAAAGAAUUAAUAGAAAGUAGACACAAGCAAUGGGAUAUGGACAUAAUUUGGAAAAGAAUAACCAAUAUAACCAAAUGCUACAGAAAUAUAUGCACUCACACUAAUGAGUAUUAAAAAGGAUGCUUGGAUCAUAAUGAAUGUGGGAUGAACAAAACAUUGCAUAUAAGGGAAUGAUUACUGCAAAAAUGAGAAUGAACAAAGUAUGUUUUAUGAAGUGUACAGACACAAGAGUGUAAUACCAAAGAAUAUGAAACAAAGGGCUGAAUUAAAGUAGAGGCAAAGAAAAUGCAGAGGGAUUUUCACUGAAGUAAAACUUUGUUUUAGAAAUAGGUGAAAAUCUGAACAAGAAGCAUCCAGCAGGGAAUGAAUUAACCAACAGUAGAGAAUAUGUGUAGCUCCAGGUUGAACUGUGGAGUCCUUGGUGCUUUCUGUGGUUGAUUGGUUGCUUGCAGAUAUUUUAGUUACCAAACUGAAUGAAUUAAAAAUGAAAAUGAGGAACUGAAUUGGAAUAUACCUAAAGUGAGGAAAUAUUGAAGUACGGUUAUGGAGAUUUAUACAGUGAAGAGUGGAAUUAAAAUGAAUGUUAGUGUCAAGGGAAAGGAAGGGAAAAGGAAAAGAGAAAUGGGCUAUGAAUGCAGGUGGAAUUACUGGAGAGUUUAAAAUAUGGAUGCAGCUUUAUUAUGGAGUGUCUAUGACUUCCUUAAUACGAUUCUUUGAAAAGAAUGCAAAAAAGUUUUAGUUUAUAAAGUGGCAGUAAAAAGUGGCAGAUUUCCUAAGGUGAUAAUGAGCAAAAUUAGAGAAGAGUCAUGCAGCUUUAUGCCAAUGAAGUGUAAACCAGAUAUUUGCUUUUCAGCAAUUAACUGAUAAAUGCAUGUAUGAAUGUGACAUAAAAGGCUUAUUAAACAUUAGUUGAUUUCCCAUCAUAUGGGAAGCCAUAUGAUGAUGCGAAUAGGCUUGAAUUAUGAAGUGCUUUGUAUAAAAUAGUGAAGUUGGUUACUAAAUAUCAUAAAAGGAGUGUAUAAUGGAACUAAAGUAUGUGUGAGAAUAAAUGGUUCAAUGCUGAGCAGGGAGUAAGACAAAGAUUGUGAUGUCCUACUGUUUGUUUAUAUGUAUUUAUGGAUAAAUGCAUAAGGAAGACUUGUGCUAUUAGAGGUACAUUGUUUGGGAAUGUAAAUGUGCAUUUUUGUUUGUCAAAGGAUAAGAAGUAAAAUAAUGUGAGGUUAAUAUCAGAUAUUAACCAUAUCAGAUGGUUAAUAUUAUGUCAGAUAUGAUGCAGUAAGGAGUAUGAGAAUUAAUGCAAUGAAGAUGAAUGUACAUAAGUAUUUAUUUUAAAAAGUAUGAA